AUGUACUCAUUUUGGGCUUUGGCUUUAUGUUCGUCUUUACAUCGUUCCAAACGAUGGGCAACAUUGAGAUUCUUUAUGGUUACGUUCCUCUUCCCCAGUACCUGGCUGCUGUACGUGGCCAGUGCCCUAUUGGGUGCUGGUGCUGCAAUCACCUGGACCGGCCAGGGAAGUUUCUUGGCACGUUGCAGUGAUUCUGGAAAUAUCUCACGAAAUUCGGGUAUAUUUUGGGCCCUACUACAGUGCAGUAUGUUCUUUGGCAACCUGUUCGUCUACUAUCAAUUCCAAAAUAAGGAUCACAUUGACUCACAGACCCGUUCGCUGGUUAUUGGGGUGCUAAUUGGUGUGGCCGUAUUGGGUGUUAUCUUCUUGGCAACUUUACGUUAUGUUCCGGACAAUUCAAGUGUUGAUACGGAGUUGCGACAACCGCAAACACCAUGGGAUAGUGCCCGUGUGGCAUUCCGUUCCGCCGGACAAUUGUUUAUGACGCGAGAUAUGUUGCUGCUUAGUAUGGCCUUUUUGUAUACGGGUUUCGAACUCUCCUUCUUCAGUGGCGUCUAUGGUCCAUCGAUUGGCUUCACCAAGAAAAUCUCCGAUACACCGAAGGAGAUAAUGGGUUUGGCUGGCAUUUGCAUUGGUGUGGGCGAAGUUUUCGGUGGCAGUCUUUUCGGCAUUUUGGCUUCGAAAACAACCCGUUACGGCCGUGACCCGAUUGUCAUUGCCGGCUAUUUCAUCCAUAUGGUAGCAUUCCUAUUGAUUUUCUUCAAUUUACCCGAUAGUGCUCCGUUCAAUGAUACCGAUGACAUUUCCUUCUUUGAUCCACCACGUACAUGGAUUGCUCUGUUGUGCGCCUUCCUAUUGGGUUUGGGUGAUGCCUGCUUUAAUACACAAAUCUAUUCGAUGUUGGGUGGUGUGUUCGUUAAGAAUUCCGUUGGAGCAUUUGCUUUGUUUAAAUUUACACAGUCCGUUGCCGCUGCCAUUAGCUUCUUAUAUUCCUCGCAUUUGGGUUUGAGAGCCCAACUGGGUAUACUUGUCGUCUUUGGUACCAUCGGUGCAGCCUGUUUCUGUAUUGUGGAAUGGGCCGCCAAAAGACGGGCACGUGAAGAAUCUCAAGAUGUAUCCGAAAUCUCAGCAUCGAUAUCAUCGUUGGAUAAAUAAGAAUACGAGAUG